AUGUCUGUGGCACCUCCCUCACAAGGCUUAGGCAGCAAUUUCAACUACUUCCUUGCGGAUGGAGGAAAUGCUAUUACUGGCCUCAACGUUGAGAUAACUUUCGCCGAGCCACUCAUCUCUACCUCAAACGGUUUUGGCUUUCAACUCAACGGUUAUGCCCAGGAGCUUUCAGGUGCCCCAAGCACCACCCCCAACUGGCAACAAUAUGUAGUCUUCUCGCAGCCCGGUGACCGGACCCUUUAUGGCAUCAUUGACAACUGGGAGGGAACAGUGCCUGACGGCACAUAUGCCCAAAUUAUCAAUGACGAAUCCACAAUUACUACCCUCCCCAAGGCUAAUCAGAUUCCUGCCGGUGCCAGUAUCAAUAUUGUUCCUACCUUCAACUCUAAGAAUGUCAUCACCGGUGUUACUUAUGUUUAUACACCUCCAGGUGGCCAGGCUGUUUCUACAUCCGUAACUUUGACCGACCUUGAUGUCUACGGUACCAAUGACAGGAUCACUUCCGCAUAUGAAUCCCCGAUUUCCGCAUUAACGCUCAACAUCGUCGGCGACUACGAUGGAAACGACGGCGUCUUCAGCUCUGGCUCGGGUACCAUCGUCUACACUGCCGCUCAACCUCUGACUGUUCUGACCACCGAGCCGAGUUAUACCGCGUUCCAGGAUGGUACUGGCGAGACGGCUAACACUGUCUAUGGCGAAUUGCCUGUGUCAGACAGCACCACGAUUACUCAGACUUGGGGUAUUUCGGCAGAAGGAUCGCCAUUUAUCGGACCAGCCGUUGGCCACAAAUUGCCCAUUCCACCCAGUGCCAGACAGAAGAAGAAAGGACAAAAUUAA